ACAAUUGUGGUCUUUUUAUUAUUACAAGUGUCUCGUGGGUUGCACAUUUCUAUGUAUAGAUCUCUCGGUGAAAAUGCUUAAUUCAGUUAAUUGACCAUAGACGGCGUCAGCGUUGAGAGAUAGUUUGACUUUAGCGUUAACUCGUCGAUCCCGUGAUGGUGCAGACGUACUUGUAUCUGGAGCCUCGUGAUAAUUGGGUUAAAGUGUCAGAAGCCGCGAGAGGCUUUAUCUUAUCGAAUCGAUGUUUUCUCUCUCAUCUUUCUUCAUGUUUUUUUUCAACUAUGCACGUGUUAUAACUAUACUUAUACGUUCUCGUAACUCGCAUCCACUUCUUGAUGCCGAUCGGAGAACGACAGUCUAUGUUUAUCGUUUUCCGCUGGUUUGUUUGGUUUGUUUAGUCUUACGUGUGACGCCGAAGAGAUAAGCAAGGAAUCGGAUUCGACUCGGUUUUUGUCGACGGCCGCGGUUUAUUGCGUAACGUGUGGGGCACAUGAGCGACUGAUCAGCUGACUGGAGACCGGUCCCACAGAGGCCGAUUUAUUGUCAAGAAGAUGGCUCUUUCAAAACUCAACGAACGGAUACCUAGGCGAGCUGUGCUGGGAUCGCUUAUGUUUCUGGCAUGCAUGUUCUCCUACGUGAUACGUACAAAUCUGUCCAUCAUUAUCGUGGCUAUGGUGGAUGUCAAAAAGAAUGUACCCGGCCCAUACUGCAACGCCGGUGGUGUCGCCAACUAUACCAACUCUUCGGAGAUAUCGAAAAAAUUGGAAGAUUAUGGCCCUCGGUACAAUUGGAAUCAACAUAUACAGGGUCAGCUAUUGGCCUCAUACUUCUACGGCACACUGCCGUCGAGUAUACCGGCCGGUCUGAUGGCCGAAAAAUUCGGUGGUGCCAGAGUCGUAGCUUUUGCUACUCUGAUUCCGGCGCUUCUAAAUCUGCUCAUGCCUUGGGUCGCAAGUUUCCACUACGGCCUGAUCUUCGCACUGAGAUUUACCAUGGGAUUCUUUGGAAGUGCAGUGUAUCCGGCGUUGCACGCUAUGAUCGCCCGGUGGGUACCUCCUAGCGAGAAGGGCAUGUUCGUUUGGACGAUGCAGGGUGGUCCCUUUGGUACCUUUGUCACACUCUCCCUUUGCGGCGUGGUAAUCCACGACCUCGGCUGGAAGGCUGCUUACUAUGUGACGAGUGGCCUUAUGUUGGUCUUCUACUUGCUCUGGGUUUGGUUGGCCUAUGAUACCCCGGACGUUCACCCAACUAUCACCGAAAAGGAAAAAAGCUACAUUAAAGAGCAGAUCGGUACCAGCAUCAGCAAGCAAAAAAAUAAACUUCCGGUGAAAGCUAUUCUCACUUCGCCACCCUUUCUGGCACUGCUUUACGCUCACUUUGCAAACAUGUGGGGCAUCUACUUCAUUUCAACCAAUGGCCCGAAGUACGUCCUGGAAAUUCUCGGCUUUAACAUGAAAAACGCUGGUGCUUUAACGGGUCUGCCUUACAUUGCCCGUCUCGUGGCCGGUGUUGCAUUUGCAGCAGCCGGUGACUACUGUCGUAGGAAGAGUCUCAUCACUCUUGGUUGGAUACGUCGGCUCUUUAUGAUUUUCUCUCACAUCGGACCCGCGGGAUGCCUGAUCGCGAUGACCUACGCAGGUUGUGACCGAGUCACCGCCAUCGCUAUGAUGAUCCUUGCUCUAGCUUCCAACGGUGCUGCCUGUCAGACCAGUCUACAGAAUCAUCAGGACUUGGCGCCCAACUUUGCCGGUUCAUUAUACGGUACUAUGAACACCAUAGGAAGCUUCUCCGGUUUCAUCAUCCCUGCAAUUAUCGGAGCGCUCACCAACGAACAUAAUGGAAUGGAAGAGUGGCGGGUUAUGUUUUGGAUUUCGGCGGCAGUCUUUGUAUCUGCGACGGUUCUAUUUUGGAUAUUCGGAUCGGCUGAGAUCCAGCCCUGGAAUGAUCUUAAUCAGCCAGCCAAGAGCGCCAAUAUUUCCGAAGAAGAAAAGCAAAUGAACGCACCGACUAAGGAGGUGCAAAGCAGUGGCGAGGAGGAAGAGAACGAGAGACUAUAAAGUCGUCAUAAAGCGUCUCUUAUACUCAAUUUUCGAAUCCUGUUCUAUAGUCAAUUUCACUUGAGUUAUAAGUGUAUGCAGCGGAGAAAAUGGCAAUUUUGCGACCUGAGGCUACUGAACGGUGCAAGUGCCAAAAUCGUGUAAAGAGUGAUGGACGGCGAGCUAAAACUUGGCUCGUAACGAGACAGAAGCACUUUGCAUGACUCGAUAACGGACAUUAUCUGUUAGAUGUUGAAUUUUUUCUUGACACAAGCAACCGCGUACGUUGACAAUUCUAAUUCAAGAAAAUGAUUUUUUGAAGGAACCAAGUACUCAAACGAUCUGAACUCCUUUUUAUUGUGCUUACGAGAUACUUCCGUUUGCGUUUAUUUGAAUUUUGAUCAAUAUAUUUUAAAGUAAAGCGAACCAUAACUUUUUAUAUGUAAUACUUGCGCGAUUAUAUAAAUUUUAAAGUAUACAUAGUUUCUCUUAAAGAAGACUAGUGUUAUUGUUAGAGUUAAAGAAAAUUUAACAAUAACUUGUUCAAUAUAAAGAGAUUUUAGAGUUGAAAAUGUAAUUUUAAUUUUGUAUAAUUGACUUGCCUAUAUCAUAGUAUUCAUCUGUUUUUCAUAAGCAAUCAAUUAUUUCAUAUCGAUUAGUUUUGGAAUAUAUUCGGAGUGCAUUUUAAUUAAUUUUACGAAGCGUAAGCAUAUCUUUUGUAUAAAAUAUUGAAGCCAAAAUCAUUUUACCAAUAUAUUACAAAUUUUUUUAAAGUUACCGUUUAUAAUUUUAUUCUGUUAUAAUAGUAAUAAAUAGAUUUCACAUCUGUAGUAAAGCAUUGCUAAAUGUGAGUUCCUGUAAUUUAAUGUCGUGUUUUUGUGCAUCAACAGGGAAAGAUUGUGGCUUCACUGUAUAAGAAAAAAUUGUAUGCAUUGCAGCAGCAAGAAAUUUGAUUGAAUAUGUUCAAAUAGUGCUAAUAAGAAAUACAAGUAUUCACUAAGAAGAGAUAUGAUCAUAAUAUAUUGUAUGUUGUAUAGUGAAAAAUAAACCUAUACCGAGUAAAGAUAUUUUCUGAAAAAAGGAAUCAAAAAUGUUUGCUGCAUAGUUUUUCAGAAAUGUCUUCACUUACACUGUUUACAUUGAAAAAAUCUAUUUUUGAUAAUUUUACUUGAAAAAUUCAAAAUUAUACCGAAUAUGACUGCUCUCUAAUAAAUACAUUUUUAAUUAAAAAAAAAAACGAAACUUUUUAGUGGCUUAUAAAAAGUACGAUCACUUUUAGAUUUUAUGCAAGCGUUUUCUGAAAUUACUUGUAAUCGUAAUUAUGUAACUUUAAAUAUCAACAAUGAACAGAAUAAUGCCAAUUUUUUUAACCAUAAAUUUUAAUGAUAACAUUUUAGUUUAAACUGUAUUAAAUCAGCUUAUGAAUUUGAUGUGGUUCACCUGUUUUUUUCGCACAAAGAUAGUCAAUUGUAAAUAAUUUAAGUGUAAAUUGAAAAAAUUGACUAAUAAAACCCACUCAACUAAAUGUAAUAUUUACAUCAACUAAAAGUGGAACACGUAUAAUGAUUGUAGUGCUAUAAAAUUGAUACUAUACUUACUCUACAGGUUUAUUUUUACGAUUCUAAAAAGCAAUUUUUCAAUUAUUUUUAAUU